AUGUCUGCAUCGCCAGACACCAACCCCAUCGAGACGGCUCCGUCGCCUGGAGCUCCCACCCACGAAGAGGACGUCGCUGUCCCCGCCGACGAGGGAGCCCAGGAGGAGGAGACUGGCGGCGAGCCGAUCGACCAGGACGCCCCCGCCACCGAGAACCCGACCGAGGAGGGAGGAGAGGCUGAGGGCGAGACCUACGUUCCUGCGACCGAGACGACAGAGGCUCGCAUUCCUUCAUUCAAGAAGCGAUCUUCUGCCGGAGCUGGAGAGGGCGAUGACACGGAUGACGACGACGACGAUGAUGAGGACCGACGACGCAAGAAGAAGAAGAGCAGAAAGGACAGGCGCCGCGAGGAAGAGGAAGAGGAGGAGGUUGAGCCCGAGAUGGAUGAGGCCACCCGUCGUCGUCUUGCUCUUGAGGAGAGAAUAGACGCGAUCGGAAAGAAGCAGCGUGUCGUGCGCCGCAAGAAGCGUGGAGGCGAGGAUGUGGACAUCGUCGACUCGUACCACGACGAGAUCUGUUCGCGCCUGCGUGACCGGAUGGAGAAGGCGGCCGAGCGCGACCUCAUUGCGAACCAGAACAAGCUUCCUGCGACGAGCAAGUUGGCGAUGCUGGAUGAGGUUGUCAGUGUGCUUCAGAACACGACGCUGUGGUCCUCGAUCAUCGACAACGAGGUGCUGAAGGCUGUGAAGAAAUGGCUCGAGCCGCUUCCAGACCGCUCGCUCCCCGCCGUUGGUAUCCAGAAGGCUGUCUUCGAAGUCUUACCCAAGAUGGAGCUUGACACGCCUACGAUCCGUGAGGCUGGCCUCGGCCCCGUCAUCCUGUUCUACACGAAGACGAAGCGUGUGAGCCCGCAGAUCUCUCGUGCGGCGGACGCCCUCGUGCAGACGUGGGCUCGCCCGAUCAUUAAGCGUCCCGCAGACUACAGGCAGAAGAAGAUUGUGUCCGCGCGCCAGCUGGACGAGGAGGAGGAGUUUGACGAGGACGGCGAGCGCGCCCGCAAGUCGCGCUCUGGCUCGCAGCAGGCGCCCAAGGCCAAGCGCUUCAAUGUCCGCCAGGCGCUCAGCGAGAACGAGCACCGCAAGGGUGCGCGCAUGCCCAUUGUCCAAGACGUGCAGUACACGGUUGCGCCCGAGUCGCGCCUGCAGCACCACCAGGAGGACCUGCAGCACGUCGCGCGUCUGCAGAUGGACAACAAGAAAUUCAACCGUUUCGCGCGCCAGUUCAAGACGGGCGGCCGCAAGUAG